GAAGUUCUCAAAGAUGCCUUGCAGCCUAAUUUUCAACAGGUUGAAGACAGGCGACUCCGGGCACCGGUUCAAGAUCUCCCCGCAGUUCUUCUUAAAUCCAAAGCCGACAGUACCGCAAGGAAGUACGAAAAGGGCUUCGAUACUUGGAGAAAAUGGGCUUCUUAGUUUAAAGAAAUUGUAAUAUUUCCCGCUUCUAUUGUACACGUUUCAUUGUUUUUUCUUAGCUUGAUUCAAGAAUCUGCUUCUUGCAGUACUAUUGACGAAGUGCAUUAUGGGCUCAAGUGGGUGCAUGAUUUGGCAGCUCUACCCGACCCCUGUAAUUCCUCGUUAGUCUUACCUUUAAUAGAAUCUGCUAAGAGGCUUCUUAGUAUCCCUGUUAAAAAGAAAGAGCCUGUGACCCCUGAGGUUAUUCAGCUUUUAUUUGCUAAGUAUGGAUCGUCUUCAGCUAGUUUGUCUGAUUUACGACUGCUUACUUUGUGCGUUUUAGGUUAUGCAGCGUUCAUCGAAGUAAGACUGACGUUUACAGUGAUGGGGCUUGGGUUGUUAUCGCUAAACCUUUCAAGCAUACAUGUCCUUAUUUAUUAGUUCAACGAUAUUUUGUGGCCGCUUCUUUUUCAGCGGACGGCGAAGAGUUCAUUUUUCGCACUCUUGUUUUCCUUCGCGAUACCGGAGCUUAUAAAAUGCGCGGGUCUGUUCCUUUGUCUUAUACUAGAGCGCGGGAGAUAGUGCUUAGCGCUUUCGAUUCCAUCGGCCUUCCCAGGCAAGACUACGGUCUCCAUAGCCUUAGGGCCGGAGGUGCCUGCGCUGCUGCUAAUGCUCGAGUGCCUGACAGAUUGUUUAAAAGACACGGCCGUUGGAAAUCAGACAAGGCAAAAGACGGCUACAUUAAGGAUAAUGUUCAUUCAUUGUUGUCGGUUUCUUUAUCACUGGGUAUUUAA